CGUCAUUAAAACCCGUCAUCUCAUCUAAACCUACCCAACCUUUUAACCAAAGACUUGACCCACCAACCCAACUACCCACCAAGAUUAAAUCCCUAAAUCGAAGAAAAAUCAACACCUUCCCCUUCUCCUCUGCCGCCGAAGAAGGAAGGGAGAACCGUUUCGUGAUCGAGGAAGAUGCCGCAUCCCCCAGCAGGAAAAUAUGAUGGCGACGAGCAAUUCCAGCAGGUUGGUGCGACUGGUGAUCGCAACUAUUUGCUUGGCCGCCGCUACCACUAGUAGCUGUAGUAGCAACGAUCUCCAAGAGUUAUUGAAGCUCAAAUCUACUGCAAUGUCGUGGAGACUCCCCUGCUACUACAGUGGAUUUUUGGAGUGGGAUCCCAACAGAUUUCCCACUAACGAUUCCUCUAUUGUGCAUUGCUCCUUCCCUGGCGUCACCUGCAACUCGGACUCACGAGUUGUGGCACUAGAUACCUCGUAUCGAUUUCUUUACGGUCCGAUUCCGGGAGAGAUUGGGCUGCUAUCCAACUUGGAGAACCUAACCAUUACCAAUGAUGUUGUUGUCACUGGACCACUCCCCGUUGAGAUGGCAAAGCUCACAUCGCUUAAGCUCUUAUCCUCUCUCAUAAUGGCCUGGACGGAUGUUUCCCGGCAAAGAUCUCACGUGAAAUGACCCAGCUCCAGGUCCUCGACAUUUCGAGAAACAAGUUCAUAGGGCUGCUGCCAGUAGUUGGGAUUGUAGGCUGCCCCCGCGCCGGCGGCAGGGUAGAAGGAAAGGUGUUGAUUUUUCAUCGAUUUAGGGAUUUAAUCUUGGUGGGUAGUUGGGUUGGUGGACCGGGUCAGGUUUUAUUUGGUUAGAGGGUUGGGUAGGUUUAGAUGAGCUGGCCGGUUUCAAUGACGUGGCAGGUCGGGUGAGACUAUUUUCAGGUUAAAUAGUGCUGAUUAGACGAUUUUGUCCGCCACAUCAUCACUUAGCGGACUCAUUUAACGGAGAUGGAUGGCAGCUAACGGAGAGUGACCAAACGUGAACGGUUUUCGUAAAGUGAAGUACCACCAUUGGAUUUAAAUAUUCCGAGUGACCAAACUUGAACCUUUUUUGUAAUCUCAGUGACCAACCAUGCAAUUAACCCAACUUUUAACCAACCACCCCUGCCAUCAGUUAUCUCAUAUAAAAUUAUUAGAUAUUU